GGUCCCACCCCACAGCCAGGGAGGGCGUCUGUGCGUUUAUAUAUGGGGCGUGUACACCAGCCGCGGAGUUCCAGCAGUCAGAUAGCUGACUUGUUAGUUGCGGCCGUCGCUUUGCCUGUGCAUACGCUCUUCCCAUCUGUGCUGGGAAACUGAUUAGACCAUUUCAGAUUUCAAGUUAUCAGCCCUCUCCUAUCCAGUCGUGGCUCAUCCAAAGCUCCCGAGGAAAGUGGGAUCUUUCGGUCCUUCUUGCAUUUCGGACCAUUACAGGAUCUAGAAAUGUCUGCAACACUCUUAUCUGCCUUCUACGACAUCGACUUCUUGUGCAAGACCGAGAAAUCCCUGAGUAACCUGAGCAGCAUGCUGGACAAGAAGGCAGUGGGGAGCCCAGUGGGCACCUCUCCCAACUCCAACUUCGGGCCGGGUUUCCUGCGGAGGCACUCGACCAGCAACCUGCAGGCUCUGGCUAACGGCAACGCCAAGUUUCCCGGUGGCUCCUCGCCCUCGUCUUUCGGCAACCUCAAGGAGCCCGGCACCGGAGGAGGAGGAGGGGGGAGCAGCAGCCCCACCGCCUUGCUCAACAAGGAGAACAAGUUCCGAGACCGGUCCUUCAGCGAGAAUGGCGAGCGAAGCCAACACCUCAUGCAGCAGCUCCAGCAACAACAGGUGGUGGUGGUGGCGGCGACCACCACCACGGGCAAGGGCGGCGGCGGAGGAGGAGGAGGCGGCGGGGGCGGCGGCGGAGGAGCCCCCAUCAACUCCACGCGCUACAAAAUGGAGCUGUGCCGGCCUUUCGAGGAGAGCGGCGCCUGCAAAUACGGCGAGAAGUGCCAGUUCGCCCACGGCUACCACGAGCUGCGCAGCCUGACGCGCCACCCCAAGUACAAGACGGAGCUGUGCCGCACCUUCCACACCAUCGGCUUCUGCCCUUACGGGCCUCGCUGCCACUUCAUCCACAACGCCGACGAGCGCCGCCCAGCGCCCGCCAACGGCAACGCCAACGCGCCGCCUCAGCCCCCGCCGCCGCCUCCUCACCAGCCCAACCCACAGCAGCAGCCGCCGCCGCCGCCUCAGCCUCCUCACAGCCACCAUCACCACCACCACCCCCACCUGCAUCCCCCUCACGCCGGCAGCACGGGCGACCUCCGCGCCUUCGCUCCCGCGGCGGCGGCGGCGCUACUCCUGGAGAGUCCCGGCGGGUCCCGCACCCCGCCGCCGCCCGCCUCGGGAGGCUCCUACUGCGAGGAGCUGGUGGCCUCGCCGUCCUGCGCCAACAACGCCUUUGCUUUCUCCGCGGGGCAAGAGCUGGGCAGCCUCAUCGCGCCUCUCGCCCUCCACGCCCCGCCGCCUCAGCCGGGCUGCUUCCCCAACGCGGCCGCCUUUUACCGCUGCCACCAGCAAGGAGGAGGAGGAGGGGGGAAUUGCUGCCCGCCGCCCGGCCCUCCCGCCUCGCCCCCCUUCAGCUUCCAGCCUCUGCGGCGUCUCUCCGAGUCGCCCGUGUUUGACGCCCCUCCGAGCCCUCCAGAUUCGCUUUCCGACCGAGAGAGUUACCUGAGCGGCUCCCUCAGCUCCGGCAGCCUCAGCGGGUCGGAGUCCCCCAGCCUGGACUCGGGCAGGCGCCUGCCCAUUUUCAGCCGCCUUUCCAUCUCCGACGACUAAGGAGGCAGGAGAAGAAAGUGGGGUGGGAGGGGCGAGGGAAUCUUCCCCGAAUUGUCAAAUCUUUGAGGACCUCGCCAAGUGUAUUUUUUAUUUUAUUUGUAAGGUCUCUUGGGGGUCAUUCCUCAAUGGGGGCAGCUACCCGCUCUCUUCUUUGCCUUGCCUUUCCAACAGGAGCAGAGAUUGCAACAGCUGCCAGAAACUAGCCAAGCUCGCACAUACCUACCUUCUUUUUUGUUGCAGUCUUUUUUUUUUUCCUUUUCAGUGUGCAUUUUUUGAAAGAAAAAUAUCCUUUGCUGAGCAAAUUCAGAAAGAGACGAGGAAGCAAAAACUUUUUUUCUUUUUAUCACGAUAUGAACAAAAGAGUUAAAAUUGAAAGGAAAAUGAUGUCAUCACAGAACAAUCCUAUUUUUAUAUCUUAAAAAGACUUUGGAAGGAGAGGAUUUUUUCUUUUUCUUUUUUCCCUUCCCCCUUUGGAGACUAGUUUAAUGUAUGGCACCAGCAGCCAUUCCAUCUUCAAAUGUUUAUGUGGGGAGGGCAGGAGACAAAGGGUGAAAGGAGCCUUAGCAAAUAUACCCAAUCCUACUCCCCCAUGGAUUAACAAUCAAUCUGGAGGCCCAUGAACUCUUCAUUCCAGGUUCCUCCAGGUCUAUAUAUAACAAAAAAUAAUUUAAGGGGGGGGUUGCCUUUCAAUCAAAUUUAAAUAUACUAAAUGUAUAAGCUUUUAAAAGAAAAAUCCAACAUCCUGCCAAGAAUAUGCCUUGAUAACAACACUCUAGUUUUUUAUAUACCUAUAUAUAUUUUAACAUGCUAAAACUUCCAUUCCAAAGUUUAAUAUUGGUUCCAUUGCCACCACUUAGUGGAUGUUUGGCUUAGAACAAUUUUUGUUGCUUUAUUUGGAAGCAUUCAACUGAGUUUAGUUUGUAAUUGUUGGCGAAUAACUGCUGAUUUUUUAAUUUUUUUAGCUGUCUGAGUUGAUUGCGCAAGU